AACGGACACUGUAUAUAAUGAAACUAGGAUAUUAACAAACGAUACAUUGUUUGUGUUAUAGAUGUUGUUAAAUGAGUCAUGGCUGUGAAUAUGGUGUAAACCAGUGUGUGACCAGUUACAUUUAAAUACGAGGAAUCCAAGCUGAAAGUAAAAAAACAACUUUAGUUGCUGCUCUAGAAACAUUCACGGCGCUGUUUCAUCAUGGACAUAAACAUUAUUCAACAAGAUUUGUUUUGUUCUUGUACGCCGGAACACCUGCAGUACCGCCGCCAUCCGGCAGGGGCGCUGUGACGUCAGAGCGGGUCCUUCUUGUUGACAUGGCGGAAGCGCUUUAUACGAAACUGGGAAAACGUGUUAAAAAAGCGAAUCAUGUCUUCGACUUGCCUCCGUUUUCCGUUUUUUCGCACCAUUGAUUAAAAAUGACUAGAGAGAAAGUUUAAUGUCACAAGGUGGAACAGUUAAUGGACGCCAACUGAAAACUAGCAAACGAGCUAACUAGCUUUUAGCUUCAUUCUGCAGCCAUGACGCUGAAGAUGAACCAAGAUACGGCGCGUCUCCAAGGUGCCUUCCUCCUGGCAGAUAAGCUGUGUGUCCCCUCGUCCCUGUCCUCCCUUCAGAAGGCCGACUGGAGCAGGGUGGGACGUCCCGUCCUGGAGGCGCUCCGAGACGUCAGCGGAGGGGAGGAGCCGCCCGGCGCCUGGCUGAAGACGCUGGUCAGUUCCGUGUGGCUGAAGGUGCUGUGCGGGGAGACCGGGGAGGACGUGGAGACGUCCUGGAGGGACAACCCUUUCUUCCCCCUCCAGAACGGCCUCCCGCAGCUCAACCGCGUCGUCCUGCUGGAGGUGGUGAAGUCGACGGCGACCGCUGGGAUAUUCGCCCGCUUCCUGGCGGCGCUCCCUGGCGCUCAGGUCCGCGGCGAGCUGGAGAGCUUGGCGCGACACGUGAGCGGCGGCCCCAGCGGCGAGGACGACGUGGGCCUCUUCCUGGAGGUGUGGUGGGAGCUGUGGAAAGGCGGAGAUGAGCGGGAAGCCGGCGCCGAGGACACCGCGGAGGCCGCGUUCGCCAGACAGUUUGCUCGCCUCGUGUCGGAGGCUUCCGCCGCGUCCCCCCAGGCCGCCAAGAGGUUGAAGCUGGACGCGUCUGAUCCGCCGCCAUCGCCGCCGUCCUCCGAUGUCCUUCACAUUCUCUUGCAUGCACUUAGAGACCUAAAAGGUCAGGUGUCCACGGCAGAGCUCUGCCUCCGCGCCCUGUGCGUCUCCCUCGACGCUCUCUACACGUCCUUCCUGGCGGACCGGGCCGCGCUCCCCGCCGAAGAGAAGCUGCGCCUCCUGUGUGAGGUCCUCGCCAUCUCAGAGCAGAGCGAGGAGGAGCUGACCCCCGAACUUAUCCGCGAGGCCCAGAGAGACGUGCGAGCUUCCCACGCGCCUUCCCGCUUUGAACCCGCCCGCAUGAAGCUCGCCGAAGCGCUGGCGAUCGUAACAGAAGUCGCUCAGUUUUGGCGGGACGGCGGGCUCCUGGCGGCGUGCGGCGGCGGCUCCAAGCCGAGCCGCUCGGCGCUCCGGCUGGAGCGAAGUGUCCGGAGGGUCCUGGCGGCUCUAAAGAAAGCAGACGUGACCGAGACGGACGGCGGAGAGAAGGAAGCGCUGCGAGCUCUGCUGGAGUCUCUGGCUCCGCCCCCCCCCGCGGAGAGCCGCCCCGACCUGAGCGCCAGGGUCGCGGCGGCCGUCGUCGACCACCGGCUGGACGGCUACCGGGACGUGGCGCUGCUGUUCGCCAGCGAGAGGACGUGGGCCGCGCGAGACGUCCUGUGGACCGACUGCCUGGAGAGGAACCAGGAGGCCUUCCAGCGGCUCGACGCCCUGCUGCAGGUGACCUCCGCCCUCGAGGACAAACUCCGGGCCGAUGGCGCCGACGCGGCCCAGUGCAGGAGGCUGACGAAGGUCGCGGCGGACGUUUUCUCCGCCCUGUCUUUGAAAGACAGGAACGCCGCGCUGGCGGCCGCGCUGAGGCGGCCCGGCGGGGGGCUUUUCGGCGGCUCCGCCCCCGCCGCCGUGACCCAGGGGUUCGAGCAGGAGCUGAACAUGGCCUUCAACUGCAUCAUCCAAGGAGGCGGAGCCAUGGCGGCGCGGGGCAACCUGAACACGGCCGUCUCGCUGGUCGCCAGGGUGGCUUUUCAGAACCCGCAAGCGACCUUGAAGGCUUGUUGCCACUCGGCUGUUUUCAACAAGGGCGCCUUCUCCCUCAUGGCCCAAAUCCUGCAGCAGCUGCACGGACUGCGAGGUCAGGGCGGGGGUGCGGCGGUGGAGGACGUGGAGGCAGAGGGCGGCGGCGGCCCGGGUGGCGGCGCCCUGCUCUGCAGGUGUCUCCGGGAGACGAUCGGGUCCAAAUCGCUGUCGGCCAAUGACGAGGAGCAGCUGCUGGGGUUCCUGGGCCUCCUGAUGGCGCCGGUCGAGGGACAGGAAGAAGAGGGGUGGAGCUUUCUGGCUCCUCGGGAGGUGGUGAACGUCUUCGUCCUGCCGAACAUCUCCACAGCGGGCCGCAGCCCCUUGGGCGUAGAGCUGAGCCUGCGAGUCCUCCAGAGCGCUCUGUCCGUGGACGUCCAGGACGCGUCCCUGCGUCCCCACUGGGCGUUGGACUGCUCCCCCUUUCCCCUCCUCUACGUUCUGGCUCAGCUGCAGAACCAGACUCUCAGGUGCUGGGAGCAGCCGCCGGAGGACGCUGUCCCCCGCUGGUCCAUGGAGGCCAAGGAGCUGCUGGUGUCGGUGCUGACCACGCUGGGGCGGGUGGUGGGCGCCGAGGUGGCGGCGGCGCCCGACCGCUGGUCCAGAGCUCUGUUCUGGCUCUACGACAAAGCGGCGGAGCUGGACUGGACCGUGCGGUUCCACCUGAAGGCCGUGUGGGGGGAGCACUUCAAAAACGAGGUUCCCUCGUCCCUGCUGGCGGUGUGUGAUCUACCGGAGCAGGACUGGGUGGGCUCAGACCUGCCUCAGUACGGACAGGGAACGGGUCUUCUGGCCUGGAUGGAGUGCUGCUCUGUGUCCGACCCCCUGCGGGCCACCAUGCUGUCCCGCCUCUCCCUGGACCAGCGCCGGCCCGACCACGUGGGCAUGUUCAGCAAAGGCCUGCUGGUGGCUCUGACCCAGACGCUGCCCUGGUGCUCCGCCUCCCAGUGGACCCGGCUGCUGGGGGUCCUGAGGGAGCUGAUCGCCUCGGGCCGCCUCCACGUGCCCUUCUCCCUGGAGUACGUGGACUACCUGCCCCUGCUGGAUCUGAGGAGCUUCUCCUGCGAGCUCCGCCUGUCCGUCCUCCUGCUGCGGGCCUUCCAGCUGCUCUGCGGGUCCAGCUGCUCCGACUGGCUGCCGGCGGAGGGCUGGGCCCACGUCGGCAGGCUGUACGCCCUCGCCCUGAGGGCCCUGAUGAGCUCGGUGAGAGCCAAGCUGACUCUUCCAGCGUCUCCCAAGGCGCCAGCGUCCGGAGGGCUCCACCCGUCCUGCACUUUGAUCAAAGACCUCCAGGAAACUCCUCCAGAGGAGGAGAAGGAGGAGACGGUCCCGUGCCAAGAGGUCCUGUUUGUGCUCAGCCAGCUCUUCUGCCACGUUCAGCACAUCCAGGUGAUGAUGCCCGGAGGCCAGAGCGAGCCCUUGUUCCUGUCCAGCCUGGAGGUGCUCAGCCACUACGAGGCCGUCAUGGCCGCCUUCCCCCUCAGCAGCAGCCCGCUGGAGAGCGACAACACGCGCCACUUCUUCUCCACCAUCACGGACAACCUGCAGGACCCCGAGAUGAAGGCCGUGCUGCAGCAGAAGAUCGCUCAGCUCGUGUCGGCGUGACGAGCAGAAGGUCCGAAGGGUUCGGACUCCUCAUGCAGCAGGAGACCGGUUUGGGAUUUGAGUGAAU